AUGAUAAUAAUCGGUGUGGAAUGGAGCACGAGAGAUUGCUUGUUACACAAGCAAAACAAGAAAGCUAAGCCCCUCAACAUUCCAAUUGAAUGCUUUAAAUGGGAAAAACAGAUCACAAUCAGUGCAGUUUUUCGAGGAUUUCCUCAAGAUGAUUUCCAUAAACCUGCAAAGAAAUUUAUUCAUACAUCAGCAUAA